GGCUGGUCAAAAAAGAAGUCGAAAGUCCGUGGUGCUGGUGCUAACAUAUUAUUUGGAAUUUCGGGAAUUUCACUGCACGUUUCUACAUAUUUAAAAUUGUCCAGAUGAAACAGAAGAGCGGAAAGUUUGAUGUCGAACAGUACUUCUUGGGUAUUUUGGACGAGGAUGAUGGUCUGUCGUCCGGAAUCGCCGCUAUCAAAACUUUGCUGAUGGUGCUGGAGAAAACAAAGUUUGACACUGUGCAGGAGUUGCACUCCACCAUUCAGGCGGCGGUGCAGUCCAUGCGUAACACAGACAAACCGAUGACAUCGGUUGUAUCCGGAAGCGAACUGUUCUCCCGCUUCAUUACGCUGGCCAAAUUCGACGAUAAAACCAUGGAUGAAGUUCGGCAGAUUAUGUUGAGUCGGGGAAAGACUUUUCUGGACAAACUGCUGGAAAGUAGGCACAUCGUUGCGAAACAGGCCUGCGGAUUUAUCAGCGAUGGGUGUCGCAUACUGACUCAUGCUCGCUCUCGAACCGUUCGGGAUACACUGAUCCUGGCGGCAAAAGCGAACAAACGCUUUCAGGUCUAUUGCACGCAGAGUUUUGUCGAUAAGCAGGGGGAGCAGAUGCAGAAAGAACUGAAAGCCGAGGGAAUCGAAUGUACACUCAUUCUGGAUUCGGCGGUCGGUUAUGUGAUGGAAACCGUUGAUUUGGUCUUUGUCGGUGCCGAAGGAGUCGUGGAGAGCGGUGGGAUCAUCAAUCGAGUCGGAACCUUUACGAUGGCCAUGUGUGCUCGUGAGAUGAAGAAACCAUUUUACGUACUGGUGGAGAGUUUCAAAUUUACCCGGCUGUACCCGUUGAAUCAGCGAGAUCUACCGGAUGACUACAAGUAUCUCAAAACCAGCCUCGGUGACAUCUCGAAAGCACACCCGCUGGUGGAUUACACGCCGCCCGUUUACAUUACGCUGCUUUUUACGGAUCUGGGAAUAUUGACACCUUCGGCAGUUAGUGAUGAACUGAUUAAACUGUAUCUGUGAAUAAA